GCUCACUCGAUGGUGGCAGCCUUUCCGAGCCUCCUUCCGGGCCGCGGAGCAUUGUGGGGCGGCAAGAUGGCGGCGCUGAGCGGUGUCCGGGCGGUUGCCAGGGGUCUUGUGCUCUCGCAGAGCUGUGGGGCAUGGAGGGGCCUCGGCACCUCAGCUGCCGUUCUGCAGAAGCCAGCCAAGGCGGAGAGCUUUACCUCAGAGGGGGUCUUCCCAGUCACCAUGAUCCCAGGGGAUGGGGUGGGCCCCGAGCUCAUGCACUCCGUCAAGGAAGUAUUCAAGGCAGCCGGUGUCCCUGUGCAGUUUGAUGAGCACCACCUGAGUGAGGUGCAGAACAUGGCUUCAGAAGAGAUACUGGAUCAGGUCCUUGGCUCCAUGAACAAGAGCAAAGUGGCCCUCAUUGGAAAGAUCCACACCCCGAUGGAAUACAAAGGGGAACUGGCCUCUUACGACAUGAGGCUCAGGCGCAAGCUGGACCUCUUUGCCAACGUGGUCCGUGUGAACAGCCUGCCUGGCUACAAAACGCGGCACAACAACCUGGACUUGGUGAUCAUCCGUGAGCAGACGGAGGGAGAGUACAGCUCCCUGGAGCAUGAGAGCGCCAAGGGUGUCAUCGAGUGCAUGAAGAUCAUCACUCGGGCCAAGUCGCAGCGCAUUGCCAAGUUUGCCUUUGACUUUGCCACCAAGAAAGGGCGCUCCAAGGUCACAGCUGUCCACAAAGCCAACAUCAUGAAACUGGGCGAUGGGCUUUUCCUGCGCUGCUGUAAAGAGGUGUCUGAGUUGUAUCCCAAGAUUAAAUUUGACACCAUGAUCAUAGACAACUGCUGCAUGCAGCUGGUGCAAAACCCUUACCAGUUUGACGUCUUGGUCAUGCCCAACUUGUACGGCAACAUCAUCGACAACCUGGCAGCCGGCCUGGUGGGCGGAGCCGGCGUGGUUCCUGGAGAGAGCUACAGUGCUGAAUAUGCCGUCUUUGAGAUGGGCGCCCGUCACCCCUUUGCUCAGGCUGUGGGGAGAAACAUCGCCAACCCCACUGCCAUGCUGCUUUCCUCGGCCAACAUGCUGCGACACCUCAACUUGGAAUACCACUCCACCAUGAUCUCAGACGCCGUGAGGAAGGUGAUCAAAGUUGGCAAAGUGCGGACACCAGACAUGGGUGGCUACUCCACAUCCCAUGACUUCACACGUGCCAUUAUCACAGCUCUGAGCGAGUAGGGCUUGCCAAGAAACGCAUGGGAGAGGAAUUCAGAGAUUGUGACAUUGCUUUCUGCUUCUGCCAAUUAACUUAUUGUGAUCUUAACGCUGCUUUCUGCUUCUGCCAAUUAAGUUAUUGCGAUCUUAGCUUAGUGUUGUACAAAUAAAGUGAAUGUAGCCACUCCCAUGAGUUGUAUGCAUGAAAUACUCCUAGCGGACCUUGGAGGACACUUCGGGGAAAGUGAGAAGCAGCUAUAAGCAAGGAAUUGAAGUCUGCAAAUCUUGCAGUCAAGUCAGCGGAGCACGAGGGAUGCAGUGUUUGCUACCUCAGUCUUAGGUGCAGGACCCCUGCUGUUACGAGAAGUCAGCCUAAAGUAAGAGAACAGGAAGCCAAGUCACGCUUCAGGAACAAGGUGUAAGGAAGACCUGCCUCCUUGAAUGUGGAGUCUCGGCUUAGAAGCUGUCAGUAAAACCCACCAGCUGUCCAUAUACCUCCCUCAUCAAACAUCUUUAUUCAAGCUGCAUCUGCAAUGGCUGCAAACCUUUAUACACAACAGACAUGGAAUAAACAGAAUGUGCCACACUACUUGGAAGGGCAAGCCUCAUUUUG